AUGCCUCACCUGCUCACUCUCCACACCACUAAAAAACACUGCCCAAUUUCGAGGUCGGGAAGUUUUGAAGUUCUUUUAGUUGUGCCCCCCAUGAAGCGGCCCUCCAGCCAUGAUGAGUGCCCAACAACACCUACGGACCGCGUUCGGCCAAGCGUGUUCCCUAGCCCCAAAGCCUCUCAGAGACGGACCAUUCAGCCAGAUCUUGUGGACGGAAAAGAAAACACCCAGUCAGAGGAAAUGGUGGUCUUGCACUUGGUGUGGACACGUGGCUUCAGCUUUGGUCGCCCCUGGCUGGCCAGCGUGUUGGCUGGCUGGGGGCGUUAG